AUGCUGAUUAUGAACGCACUCCAACCAAGACUCUCAAGCAACACCUGGACCACCUCGUUCAAGUCACUCCUGGUUAUCCACCUUCUUACUAGGUCAGACGCAGGAAACGAUGUCCUUAGCUUUUGUGCUUCUCAGCGCGGCAUCCUUUCUGCUGCCUACAAAGGUGGUGCCAACAGUGGACACUCUGGCACGAUCCGAGCAUAUGCAGCCUAUCUCAUUGAAAAGAUCCACGUCUACGGUGAAUUGAAGCGGGAUCUAGUCAGGACAGGAGUGCAAGGGCGGGAUGGAUACUUGAAGUCAUUGUCGCUGUCAAAGGGGCUGCUGCAUCAUGUUGCCGCCCUCCAGAAGCAAAUCGCUGCAUUGUUGAGCUGCAAGUUCUACGUUGACGAGCUGAGCAAUGAAGUCACUAUUGGAGCAUUCGCCUUGCUCGUCCAGGAUCUGUUGCGUCUCUUCCAGGCAAUGAACGAAGGAGUUAUCAACAUUCUUCGUAAGUUGAGCUCGAAACACUAUUUCGAGAUGACCAAGGACCAGGCGCGACUUGGACUCCAGAUCUACAAAACAUUCGCGGAGCAGACUACAAAAUCCAUGGAGUAUUUUAGUAUUGCCAAGCGCAUGGAGAGUGUCAUCCACAUCACCAUUCCCCAGCUCAAACACGCACCCUUAUCGCUGGUCAGGACGCUAGAGGACUACUUGAACAGCCCAGACUUUGAGGAAGGUCAACAGGCGGCGGUGAAGCAGAAAGAGGUCACAGCAACCUCUGCCGCCAAGCCAGCAUCCAAACCUGCAGCCGCCAAGUCCUCGUCAUCAACACCUUCAAACACCAACGGCAAAAGCAACAGCAAUAUCGCCAAGGACGACAAUGAUACGUGGGCGAACAAGAAGACGGCGGACGAGUCAUCCAAGCGCCAGAGCACCAAGAAGGACAUGAUCGAUUUCUUUUCAAGCAUCGAUAACGAGGAGACGACGAUCCAACAGAACCCCAACAACUUCCAGGCCCAACUCAUGACCGGCGGCGAUGCCUUCCAACAGUUCCAACUUCAACUCCAGAUGCAGCAACAACAGUUCUUGCAGAUGCAACAACAGCAGCAGCAGUUGCAACAACAGCAGAUGCUGCAGAGUCAGUUUACGGGCAUGCCAGGGAACAAUAAUAUGUUCCAACAAGCGGAUAUGGUCAUGCCGCAACAGACGGGAUAUGGCAACACCAAUCCCUUUGCGAUGGGCGGCAGUCAGUCCAACUUAUACCAGGCCAACAACAACAACAACAACAACAACAACAGCGGGAUGAUCAUGCCACAGAAUACUGGAAACCCCUUCCGGAUGGGUGGCGGCCCUACUUCACUACAGCAACAGCAAGUGCCGCCGGUGCCGGCAAUGCCGAUGAUGACAGGGAUGCAGCACUACAACUCGAUGCCCAAUUCGAACAUGGUCUCGUCACAACCAACAGGGAGCACCAACCCCUUUGCACCCUCGGCCAACCCGCUCAACCCAUUCUCGCCCAACUUUGGAAAGGUUCCGACUCAACCGACUGGGAUGGUUGCAGGGAUGGGUGGAAGUGGGAACGGGACGGAUUUUAUGAACAUGAACAGCGCAUUCGGUGGCAACAACAAUGCUGGAGGGAUGAACCAAAGAAUGGUGAACAGUAACCCAACAGGAGCCGGUAACCCUUGGGGUCAACAGCAGCAGCAGCAGCAGACUGGAUUCGGACACCAGAGCAAUGGAUCAUUUAUGUAG